CUUCCGGGGCGGUCGUUCCGAUAAGCGGCGGUUUCCCUCGACGACGACGCGGAUGCGUGUUCCACGUCGGUACUCCACGACGUCUACCUGACAUCGCGCGCGCGCCAGGUGGCCGUUGGCCUUCCUCGUCGCCGUCGUCGUCGCUGUAUCAGGUUACAGCGCGGCUGGCACACUCUCGCGACUCCGGAGCACCUGGCGAUCAGUCGCGCGCUGUCACUCGGGAUCCUCGGCCGACACGGGCGUGUAAUCGCGCUUCCUAAGCGGCCCCCCUCGGCGACUCCCCCCGCCUUCCUCGACGCACGGUUGGCGCACAGCGGUGUCAUGUUUUUUAACGUGUCACGUUUAUUAGCAGCUGCUGCUGUCCCGUCACGCUAGCUCCCGUUGGAGUCUGUUUAUUUGCACGAGACGAUCUAGAGGUGGAUCGCGCGACGUGCGUGUCACGCCAACGAAAUGCUGCGCGGAAAAUGUAAAAUGAGGCGGUCCAUGAGGCUGAGUUUGAUCACUGAUGUCUCCUCUGGCCCGGAAAUAUGUAUCGAGUCUCUUCUCCUCGCCGGAAACGUCGAUGCUGUUAUAUCAUUCGUUGCUUGUGCCACCACUUGUUGAGAGGAAUUACCAUUAGCGUGAAAAAGAGGCAGCAGCGCGUGCUGAUGAUCCUAGACAGCAAGAGUGUCGAAUACGAGAUCAUCGAUAUAACAGAGCCGGGCAAGGAGCUAGAUAAAGAAUUCAUGCAGGCCAACAGCAACGCGAGGAACAACAAGUACCCGUUGCCGCCACAGAUAUUUAACGAGGAUGACUAUUGCGGAGAUUACGAAGACUUCGACCUGUCGAACGAAAUAGACGAACUGGAGAAGUUCCUGAAAGUUACGCCGGCGGUCAGCACCGCGGAAAUCACUCUCGACUCGAAAUCGCAGAGUGACGAGAUCCAGGCGAACGGGAACACUUCAAGCCGGGAGCCCUCCGCGGACAAAGAAGCGGAUCUAAUGCUCUCCGACAGUUUACCAGAGAGAACGACUCUAGAGAGCGAGGAUAAAGCGCGAAACGAUGCGAAACCGAGCGAAGUAGACGGCGCGACGAAGGCCGUCGACGAGGGCGAACACGCGGAGGACAGCGGUGAUAAAAACGAGGAGAAGUCCGACGAUCAGGAGAAGGAGGAAUAGGCACCGGACGCACCCACGCGAAGUUGGGAUAUUCCACGCAAUGACAUCCUUUCUUCCUCACCCGCAACGGGUGGUACAUUUCGCAAAGAGAAAAAGCAAAAAAAAGAACACAAAUUUAUUAUAUUACUAAGGCUGAACGCAGGUACUGCCAAGAUAAUAUUCUGUAUUGCGGAAAGUCCGUUGAGCGAAAAGUGUAAGUGACGCGUAGAGAGAAAGAGAGCGAGCGAGAGAGAGAGAGAGAGAGAGAAAGCAUACUUUUAUAGAACGUAUACUUUAUAUUUUAGAUCACAGAUCUCGCGCGCGCGUGCAAAUGUUUCGCGACGGGUCCGACCGCGAGGUGACACGGACGGAUUCCUCCAUAUCGCCUACCUUUAAACACGUCUUCACACGUUUGUUUGUUUGUUUGUUAUUCCCUUGUGCGUUAUCGCAUUGUUUCGCACCGCACCCCGAUGCGUCACGGUGAUUCCCGUGAUUAACGAGAUCGGAGCGUAUGCUUCUCUUCUUUUGUAUGAGCGAGUUUCGGUUGGUAUCGCCGCCGCGCGUGCAAGCGAGUGUAGAAUGUAGAGCCGACACACACACACAACGUGCACACGCGUACACGUACACGUACACGAUAUCAUAUUCGGGAGAGAUAUAUGAGGAUCACAAAUAUAUGGAUACAUAUUUGUAUUAUAAUUGGAUCUUUUUCUAUGUUUAAAUAUAAUUAAUUGUUAAACGCGCGAGAAGGUUUUUGAUAUUUAUAUACGUUGCGCUCGAGAUAUCGUACAUUUAAAAGAGACGUAUUAACGCAGUAUUAACGGUAGUCCUAUCGUGGAACUUCUCAAUCGGGCGCAUUACGUUACAUUAGGAUGAUCGAACAAUCUUUCCAAAUACGUCAUUUAAAAAGUCACUUCUCAAAGUUUAUUAUGUACGUUAUGUAUAAUAUAUAUAUAUUAGAAUUAUAUAGUUGUUAGAAUGCCAAGAACAAAAGGGGGGAGUCUUCUAGAUUUUUAUAGCUCGACCGCGAGCGCUUCUUUUCCGUCGUAUUACUUCCAUUCUCGUUUCCACUUACGACAGAAUUACACUGUUGCAUAUGACUCAUACCGGCAUGACAUAAUUUCGUUGAUACGUGUGUACAUGACUCAUGCUCACUCGACACUAUCCAAUUCGGCCGUCGCAGUCUCUGAUUUUAUUCGAUUACUAAUUUCCGAACGUAUGUAUUCCGAGUAUCGUACAUGCAAAAUGUUGUAUUCGUAAAGCCAGUUCUAUUUUGGAAGGAGCGAAGGCUUACGACAUACGACGGUCAUUUGAUAAGUCCUUAAAAAAUAUAUAUACGUAUGUAUAUACGUUAUGUAUCAAUUUUCUUUUUGUUUUUAUUGAGUAUAAAAUUUCAAUUACUAUUUGUCAGUUUGAUGUUAGGCUAUCUCAUAUAUUUUCUAUAAAGACUUGUCAAACGACCCUCGUACACGUAUCUUUGAGUUAUAUUGUGACAAUACGAAGAUCGAUCCGGAAGGAGAAUUGCUUGUACGACUGCUAGUGGGGCAGAACACGACACAAACCCCCGUUAACACGUGAGAAAUCCUGAUGCGUGAGCCAAAAAGUGCACAUAACGUGAAUCGAAAAAGCGAGAGAACAUGUAUGCGAACUUGACGUCUUUCCGUAGAUAAAUCUGUUCUGAGGUGGUAGUGUAGGGGAUAAAUAGCGGCAGUUGUGGCAAUUGAAAGGCCUACGCAAAUGAUUUUUCGGAUUAUUCUGAUCACACGGUUCUUCCUGUCCUUUCUACAUCGUGCUCGGCAAGAUUUGGCAUCUUGCGCAGAUCGUUUUACCGCUUACCGAUCCGAAACGGUACCAUUGUCAUAAUAAAAUUAAGCUUCCGCAGCAUUUGCUACAAACUGCUUUGUUAUACGAUAAAUAAACAAGAUAAGAAAUUA